AUGUCAUUUUUCCAGAAUUUCAAUACCCAUACUUUGAGAUCCACCAGGGGUUUUAAAUUGAAGCAAUCAUCUCCAAUAUCAAAUCCUCAACCAAUAUCAAAUUCGGUUUUACCAAAUGAUUUCAAUCCUUACCAGCAACAAGAAGAGCAUUAUCGUCAGCAGCAGCAGCAAAACCAACAACAACCUUACCAAACUAUCAACCUUCACGGUAGUGGAGGUGGCCAACCAGUUUCAACCCAUAAAGAUAUUAGAAAUUAUGCAGAACAAACCUUGGGGUCCGAUAAUGCUUUGAUUCAAGCAGUUAAGUUACCCCAAGAUGAAGAUAUCAAUGAAUGGCUUGCCAUCCAUGUAGUUGAUUUCUAUAAUCAAAUAAACAUGUUAUACGGAACGAUUACUGAAUUCUGUUCUCCCAAAACUUGUCCAAGAAUGAUUGCUACUGAAGAAUAUGAAUAUUUAUGGCAAGAAACUAAUCCAAGUGGUAAUGGAUCAAUCUCUCCUAAAAAACCAAUGUCUUUACCUGCUUGUGAAUAUAUUGAAAAUUUAAUGAAUUGGAUUCAAAAUUUCUUUGAUAAUGAUAACAUUUUCCCUUCUAAAAUCGGUGCUCCAUUCCCACAACAAUUUUCAACCUUAGUUAAAACUAUUUUCAAAAGAUUAUUUAGAAUCUAUGCUCAUAUUUAUUGUCACCAUUUCCAUGAAAUCACCGAAUUGGGUUUACAAAGUCAUUUGAAUACUAGUUUAAAACACUAUGUUCUUUUCAGUAAUGAAUUUGGUUUAAUUAGUCAAAAAGAUUAUGGUCCUUUGGAAGAUUUGGUGGAAACUAUGUUAAAAAGCUGA